GCCUUUAGUCGCGCCCGUUCGGUCGCGGUUGCGCAACCGCGACUAAUGGCAGUUGCGAACCGCGACCAAAGGCCCUUUUUCCACCAGUGAAAGUUGGCCACCCCGUUGGUUCCUCCUCCUCAAGUCCCCGGAUAAAAAGAUCAGAUCCGAUUUGCCUAAAAAAAAAGAUCAGAUCGGAUCUGUCGAUCGCUCUCUCGCACCAGCCGGCCGAGAGCACGUACGACCGACCCCCUCCCCUCGCCACCGCCGUCUGCCGCCAUGGCUGCGGCCAACGGCCCCAUCGCCAUGCGCGAGGCCCUAACGCUGACGAGCCUCGGGAUCGCGCCGCAGUUCAUCACCUUCACCCACGUCACCAUGGAGUCGGACAGGUACAUCUGCGUCCGGGAGACCUCGCCCCAGGGCAACAGCCUCGUCAUGAUCGACAUGGCCAUGCCCAGCCAGCCCCUCCGCAAGCCUCUCACCGUCGACUCCGCACUCAUGAACCCCAGCACCAGGAUCCUCGCGAUCAAGGCUAAAAUUCCAGGAACCACGCAGGAUCACCUGCAAAUCUUUAAUAUUGAAGCUCAUACUAAAAUUAAGGCACACCAGAUGCCUGAGCAGGUUGUGUUUUGGAAAUGGAUCACCCCAAAGUUGUUGGGUUUGGUAACACAGGCAUCAGUGUAUCACUGGUCAAUUGAAGGAGAUUCUAAGCCAAUUAAGAUGUUCGAUAGGACAGCUAAUUUGGCUAAUAAUCAGAUUAUCAACUAUCGGUGCGAUCCAUCGGAGAAGUGGCUCUUGCUUAUUGGAAAUGCACCUGGUGCUCCAGAGAGGCCACAGCUGGUAAAGGGAAAUAUGCAACUUUUUUCUGUGGAUCAGCAGCGUACGGAAGCACUUGAAGCCCAUGCUGCUUCUUUUGCAACAUUCAAGGUUCCUGGCAACGUGAACUCAUCCACCCUCAUCUGUUUUGCUUCAAAGGCAUCUAAUGCUGAAACAAUUACUUCUAAGUUGCAAAUUAUUGAACUGGGCGCCCAGCCAGGGAAACCUGGCUUUUUGAAUAAAAAAAACGGCAUCUUCUUCCCACCAGAUUUCCAGGAUGAUUUUCCUGUAGCCAUACAGAUCUCUCAAAAGUAUGGCCAUGUCUAUGUAAUUACGAAGCUUGGGCUGCUGUUUGUAUAUGACCUGGAAACUGCCAGGGGAGUUUACAUAUAUAGAAUCAGUCCAGACCCCAUAAUCUUGACUGCAGAGUCUUCUACAACUGGUGGAUUUUAUGCCAUUAACAGAAGAGGGCAGGUUUUGCAUGCCACAGUUAACAACGCAACUGCUGUGCGCAUAUUUCCGACACAAUCAUGAUGCAUGAAAUCCUCUGGUCAUAAAUUGACUUGUUACAAUACCAAUCUAGCUAGCUAAUACAGGCCCUUGCAGCGGUUCACACAAGGGGGAAACAAAGUAUCCAUUAUUAUAAGCUCAAUAGCCUCAUCUAGCAGAUGACAGGAACUCUGCCUCCAUGCUAUAGCGCCGUUGGCUACCUCCUGGUCAUAUGGCAAUUGCCAAGCAGAUCUACUCUUUCAAAUUAACGAUCUUGGUUGCAUUGGUUCUUAA